CCUGGGAGGGAGCAGAUAGACAGGGAGAAAUGGCGCCUCGAUGCUGCGCUCACUGAAGCGGUGUUUGGAGCCGGUUACAGAGAUUCAGUGAGGACACUUCACAGGAGAAAACAUGGAGAAGACGAGGAAGAGCCCCCGGACACGGAGCGGCACCUUCAUCUCCUCCAGGACGCGCUCGUCAUCGAGAAAAGAGAGAAACUCAGAGGAACAUAAGGAGCCCAGCAGUGAUGUGAGCAGUCCCAGCAGUCCGCGGUUGCCACCCCCUGCCAAACGAACGCGCAGGAAGAUAGCCUCCGAGCCGAGCUCCAGUGACACUUCCCCGUCUCCUCAGGCAAAGGGCCAGAGGGUCAGCUGGGGUUUGCCCACCUACCGUACCCGGUUGUCUUCUCGCAUAAUGCAGAAUGGGCAUGCCCAUAUGAAUCACAGGAGUGAGGAGAGUGGAGGGGGAGAUCACUCCCGUAUGAAUGGCCAUGUGGAGCUGAAGAGGAGCUGCCGGGUGAGGAAGAGCCAAUUUCAACACCUCAAUCAGAGCCUGCUGUUCGACCAGCUGGUCAACAGCACUGCUGAGGCUGUUCUUCAGGAAAUGGACAACAUCACCAGCAUCAGGCAGAACCGUGAGCUGGAGCGGCUUCGCAUGUGGAACGGAGAAACUGAAGAGGAGAAUAUGGACAUGUAUUCUAGGGUGAAGCGCCGGAAAUCAAUGCGUAGAAGCACUUAUAACAUGCCUGCUCACCACAAAGUCUUGAGCAAGGACGAGGAAGAAGAGGAGGAAGAAGGGACUGAAGAAUCUCAUGGUGAAGAAGAAGAGGAGGAGGAUGAUGAUGCAGAGGAUGAUGAAGAUGACGAAGGGGAUGAAGCUGAAGAGGCGGGCGAGGAAAACGACAGGCCGUAUAACCUGAGGCAGCGUAAAACUGUACAAAGAUAUGAAGCUCCACCCAUCGAGCCUGUGAAUAGAAAACAGAGCAACCCCUCCCUUUUUGACACCCACAGAUCCCCAGCAAGAAGAAGCCAUAUUAGAGUGAAGAAGCAUGCCAUUCACAGCAGUGACACCACCUCAUCCUCUGAUGAAGAGCGCUUUGAGCGAAGGAAAAGCAAGAGCAUGACUCGGGCCAGAAACAGAUGUUUACCUAUAAACUUGACCGCUGAAAGCCUGGCCAGUGGCGUGCUGCGCGAUCGUGUUAAAGUCGGUGCGAGCUUGGCUGAUGUGGACCCCAUGAACCUCGACAACACGGUGAAGUUUGACAGCGUGGGAGGCCUCAGUAAUCACAUCCAGUCACUGAAGGAGAUGGUGGUGUUCCCUCUGCUCUACCCUGAGGUCUUUGAAAAAUUUAAGAUUCAGCCUCCCAGAGGUUGUUUGUUCUACGGACCACCAGGAACAGGAAAGACUCUGGUGGCCCGAGCACUUGCUAAUGAGUGCAGUCAGGGAGACAGGAAGGUUGCCUUUUUCAUGAGGAAAGGAGCCGACUGUCUCAGCAAAUGGGUCGGUGAAUCUGAACGGCAGCUACGCCUCCUCUUUGACCAGGCUUACCUGAUGAGGCCAUCCAUUAUUUUCUUCGAUGAAAUAGAUGGUUUGGCUCCAGUUCGCUCCAGCAGGCAAGACCAAAUACACAGUUCUAUUGUGUCCACCCUGUUGGCCUUAAUGGACGGCCUGGACAGUCGAGGGGAGAUAGUCGUCAUCGGUGCUACAAACAGACUCGACUCUAUCGACCCUGCUCUCAGGAGGCCUGGACGCUUUGACCGGGAGUUUCUCUUCAACUUACCAGACAAGAAGGCCAGAAAGCACAUUCUGGAGAUUCACACGAGGGACUGGAAUCCCAAACUGUCUGAGCCAUUUCUCAAUGAACUUUCAGAAAAAUGUGUCGGCUACUGUGGUGCUGACAUAAAAGCACUUUGCACAGAGGCGGCCUUGAUGGCGCUGCGCCGUCGAUACCCCCAGAUCUACGGCAGCAGUGUCAAACUGAAGCUUGACGUCAAGUCCAUCAUCCUGGGGCCUGGCGACUUCAGCAAGGCCAUGAGGACAAUAGUCCCAGCCUCCCAGAGGGCCCUGGCUCCCCCAGGCCGAGCCCUCUCUCCCACCCUCAGGCCCCUGUUGGCCAGCUCCUUCUCCUUGGUGCUGAAAGCUCUUCUCAGAGUCUUCCCCCAUGCUCAGUGUACCGACAAGGACAACACUCAAGGCGGCGACAAUCAUCUGCUUUUAGAGGACUUGUACAGCGAUGAUGACAAUGAGGAUGGCCCUGCCUCCAUUUAUGAAGUUCAGCCUUCUGCAUCCCCAAAGAGUCAGCUUUCCUCUUCAGCAAUGCACAGACCCUUUCUCCACUUCUCCUCUUCUGCACUCCAACAGCCCACAGCCUAUCGGCCCCGCCUGCUCCUGGCAGGGGCCUCAGGUUCCGGACAAAGCUCCCACCUCGCUCCUGCCUUGCUCCACCACCUGGACAAGCUACCAGUGCACCGCCUGGACUUGCCCACUUUGUACUCCGUCAGUGCUAAGACGCCAGAGGAGUCCUGUGCUCAGGUUUUCCGGGAGGCUCGUCGGAGCGUUCCCAGCGUGGUGUACAUGCCUCAUAUCUCAGAGUGGUGGGACACAGUGAGUGACACUGUGAAGAGCACCUUCCUCACCCUGCUGCAUGAUGUGCCAUCCUUCAGCCCUGUCCUCAUCCUUGCAACUGCUGAGACUCCGUACUCAAAGAUGUCAGAAGAGGUGAGAAGUAUAUUUCAGAGGACCUAUGGGGAGGUGGUAUUGCUGUGCCCUCCAGGAGAAAAGGAGAGGAGGAAUUUCUUCUCAGAUUUGCUGCUGGUUCAAGCAGCCAAACCACCACCUCGGCCCAGGAAUGCAGAGAGAUGUGAAGAGGUGCUGGAAGUGGCAGAGACGCCAGCCCCUCGGGUCCUGUCAGAGGAGGAAAAGCGCCGCCUAGCCGAACAGGAAGAUAAUACAUUAAGGGAGCUCAGGCUCUUUCUCAGGGACGUGACCAAGCGCCUGGCCACAGACAAACGAUUUAGCAUUUUUAGCAAGCCGGUUGACAUUGAGGAGGUGUCAGACUACCUAGAGGUGAUUAGGCAGCCGAUGGACCUGUCCACAAUCAUGACAAAGAUUGACACUCAUCAAUAUUUGACAGCCAAGGAUUUCCUGGUGGACAUUGAUCUCAUUUGCAGCAACGCUUUAGAAUACAACCCCGACAAAGACCCUGGAGACAAGGUGAUCAGACACAGAGCGUGCAACCUAAAGGACACGGCCCAUGCUAUAUUUGCAGCUGAGUUGGAUCCUGAGUUCGACCGAAUGUGUGAAGAGAUUAAAGAGGCACGCAAAAAGAGGGGCGCCCAGAGCCUGGGUCAGCCGUCCACAGCCCCCGGUGCUUUACCAAGCAGAAAGCAGCAUCCUGCAGGAGAUGAACAGGCCAAGACCAACACUCACGGCGAGGCCAGUUACAAACACUGCUCUACCAAUCAUCUCAAGAGGAAGAUUUGCAGGCGGACAUCUUGGCAACGUGGCAUAAUACGCAAGAAGAAAAACAAUAAGAAGGGGACCGAGGAGGAAGAAGAGGAGCAGGAGGCCGAGGUGGAAGCUGCAGGGCCCAGUGACUCAUGUUUGACACAGGAUGAGGAAUCAUCGUGCGACACUCCAGGCCCCCAACCCAAUGGUCACCAUCCUCAUGCCCUCUCCACAGAAGAAGAAAGCUCCAAUGAGCCCCCUGUUGUAGCCGAAGGCAGAAAGGACCCAAAGCCUAAAGAGGAGGAGGUGUCUGCAGCCAAAGAAGGAAAAACUGAGACCCCGGAGAAACACAGAGAACAAAAACACCACUGUGGUGCUUCUCCUCCUAACGCAGAUGAGGAUAGUGGGGCCAAGCAGACUGACUUCCAUCCUUUGACUGAAACAUUCAAGCCAUCAGAUGCUAAACACACAGAGGAUCUCAGAGUUUCACGAGUGGACUGUGUGAAUGGGACCGAGUCAAUGGAUAGCGUAGAUUUACAUAGCCCCAAGAGGAGCAAUGAGGGUGACAUAAGGACUCCUCUGUGCUCAGCUGAAGGCUGUAAUAAGCCAGAACAGGAAGAGCACAAAGAAAAUGUGAGCAAAGCAACUCAGGAGCAACAUCCCCGGGAUGAUGGAGCCGUUACACAAACUGUUGAGGAGGAUCAAGGGAAAGAAGAUAGUUCCAGAGAAGAGACGAGCGUGUGCAUCGCGUCCGAGCAGCUGACAGGAUCUGCUGGGAGGACCGAUGAAGAGCCAGAACCAGUCCCUACCUAUCCUCCAGUGGUGGUUGACCACCAGCGACUUCUGGUUCUGCUGGAUAUGGUGGUAAAGAAGAGUGAGGGCUACAGUGUGGAGCAGCUGGAGAGACUCUACUCCCACCUUAGCCAGUGUAUCUACCAGCACCGCAGGGAGUACGACAAGACCCGGUUACUGGAGGAGAUGGAGGAGAGGAUCCAGCAUUUUGAUACAUUCCUGUGAGGUGGAGAGAAGAUACUUUUCAGGGAGAUCCUGAUCAGCCUGGGACCACAAAGACUCACUAAAAAAAAAAAA